AUCGUUUCCCUUCCGUUGCCAAGUCGGAAUCCAGCAUCUGAUGUUGGGAGUGAAGUCGCCUUCGUCUCAAUUCUUUUCUACAAGUGAGAGAGUCGCCGGGAUCUGAGCUGCUUCGAUUCAAUUUCGAUUCAGAAAUCGAAGCGGAUUUGAAUCGGCGCAGAGAUCCUGAGAAGAAACUGGGACGAUGGAGAAGAUGAAUCAGGCGUACGAGAAGGUCAAGAUGCUGGUUGGCAUGGAGGUUGACGAAGAAGCUGCGACCUCCGCCGACGACCCCGCCGGCAAUUCCUUCAUGGACGAAUUCAACCGUCAGUGCACUCUCACCACCACGCAGAGGUUCUAUGGCUUUGCCAUAUGUUUGGCUGCUGGAUUAACUUGCACGCUUUUGUCUAUGCUUGUUUUCUUCCAUCCAAUCAAAUUUGGUAUUAUGUUCACUUUUGGCAAUCUGCUUGCUCUUGGGAGCACGGCAUUCCUAAUAGGCCCAAAAAGGCAGGUGAAUAUGAUGCUUGAUCCCAUUCGUAUAUAUGCGACAGCCAUAUAUCUAGCAAGCAUGAUAGUGGCCUUGUUUUGCGCCCUCUAUGUUCGUAACAAGCUGUUAACACUCUUGGCUAUCAUUUUGGAAUUUGGCGCCCUUAUCUGGUAUAGCUUGAGCUAUAUCCCUUUUGCAAGAUCUAUGGUGUCAAAGGUCAUGUUAGCUUGUUUUGACACGGAGUUUUAGAUAGAUGUAAAUCGGAACAGUUGUGGAUACUAAGCAAAGUUGCACUGAAAAUCAUCCAGGGAACCAUUCUGCAUUGGCUGUGAUUGGAGGUUAGUCAAUUUAGUGGUUCAUGCCGAAGAUGAAACGUGGAAAGUGGAAUGAAUGUGUUUCUUUGAUGUGUCAGUACUUUUGCCCCUUAAAGAGCCUUAUCUGUAAUUAAAGGGAAUAGUUGGGGCUUUGAAUUACACAUGAUCAAGUAGAGAGUCAAUUGGUUAAUCAUGUCAUUACAUUUAUGAUUUUUCACUGCUAGAAAUGCUCAUUUUAUAACCUUCUUUUAUGGACUGGAGACUUGAGAUCUUAAGUUACUCUGAUAUGUCGUUUGUCCAAAAA